AUGGCUGUCGAAGAGGAUGCGAAGGAUGGGGCCUUCCGCUGCGUUUUCCUCCACCGUCUCCUUAUUAUUUUUCGGUAUUUUCCUUACUUUACGCCCGGCGUAUUCGGCAAAACAGGUACAGAUACAGGGCCGUACGAUACCGCCAAUCGCCAGAAAUACCAUACCACUAGCAGCGACUUUAUGAUAAGAGCGGUGGGCUGCUUUGAUGGGCACGGAGAAGAAGACAUUACUCCAUACGGAGUGACGCAGGCGCCGGGCGGUCAUCGUCCGCCCCUAUAUCUGAUUUGGAGUGGGAAGAGCAAUGAGCAGCGAUCAACUACACACAGUGAGCAGAAAGCGCAUGGCAUGACGAGAGGGGAAGAGCGCAUUGUCCCCGUCCAUCCAUCCAUUCGCUCAGUUCCAAUAUUCCAUAUGUCCGCGUUCCCCAAUGCGGAAGCGCGUGCUUCGGAGUCGAGAGAAGAUCGAUCAAACCCAUGA